AACCAUUCAGACGCAACCCGAGCGGCCCAACUAUUCGUGAUUGAACAGUCGACUGAAGUGAACGCGUCUCGUCGUCAGUGCGCUCGUGUGUGCCUCAAUUCAGCAGAUCCAACCCAAAAGCCUUGUGGCUUAGGCCCGCAAUUGUGUGCCAUUAUUUUCCAAUCGAUAGUGAUAGUGAUCUAGUCGUCACGAGGUGGAGCUGGAUCGAUUGUGAAACGAGGGAAAAAAGUUCAAACGUAACAUUAGUCGGGCUGGAAUAUCGAAAUAGUUUGAACUUGUUUGUUGUUCGAAACAGAUCGUGGCCGUAGUGUAACCUGAAUACUGAUUAGUUUAUUUUUUAUUGUUCGGGUUUUCUCAGGGGUCCUUUCACAAAGCAGAAAAGGUGUGCGACUUUAGAAGAACAGUGAUCGAAUUGAAUUAGUGCCGCACGUAAAAAGUGCCUGGAGAAAUCGCGCAAUAGAACGAGGGAUCGAAGGAACCAACCGAGACGAGUCAGCUUAGCAUCCAGAUUAACAUUCAAAAUGCAUCUGUCCAAAACUGCGUAUCUAACAGGGCUCUUAUGUCUGCUGGCAGUAGUCACCUCCGUUCUGUCACAGGACUCCAACAGUCGAAACAAUCUGCUACAGCGGAAAGGCAACAUCGGGCGACAAAAUCCGCUAGCCAGAACGACUACGACGACAGUAGCGCCGGAAUAUCCAGAGGAAGAAUACGCGGACGAAGAAGGUGAACAAUUAGAAGGCGAGGAAGGUGAAGAAGCAGCCGCCAGACCAGCACCCACCACUACGACCACCACCGAGGCUCCAAGGAAGAUCCGGCCCAGCAUUCGUCCAUUCCGCAGCAACGAUGACCUUCUAACGGCACUAAAGAAACGUCGGCUCGAAUCGAAGAACACCAAACCAGCUCCAGUGAAGGAAUCCAAGGGCUACGACGACGAAGAUAUUCCUGCUUCAGCCCCAGUCAAGACCGCCAAGGCCCCAGCUAUCGGUAAAAUUGCAGAUAAUGUUGUUUUUGCUUUAACGAAACUCCCGAAGGGGCGCCGCUUCGGUCCCGCCCGGAAAGAACCCGAGCAGAGCGCAGCGCAGUCCGAGCAGAACGAACAGAGCAACGCGGACAACAACGGGGCCAAGUCGCUGUCCAGUCGCCUGGGGCGGUCCCGAUUCGCACUGAACAAGCCACAGCAGUAGACGAGCGCGCACACGUGUGAGGGACAUUAGUCCUAUGAGAGUGAAUGUGAGAAGGUUUUUUGCUUUUAGGAGUAUUAAGGAUUCUUUUCAAAAAGUGCUUAGAGAAAAUUUAUGCGAGUGCAUUUGAAGUGGAAACAAAUGUUUCGCCAGAAGACGGUGUAAUGAAAAUAAAUAGGAAUGUUCAACAUGCACGAACUGCUGAUGGUGCAUAUGAUAUAGGAAAGUUGUAACAUCAUGAUAAUUAAACUAGUUGACUAUAAGAUGAAAAGAAGCGUCAUGUGGUAUCAGAUGCUUAUAUUGCAACAAAUUGUAAGAUAAUAGUUCGAAAUAAAUAAAAAUAUGAAAACUA